AGACUCUCUGGGGAUAGAAGCAGAAGAGUGCAAAAAUAAAAUGAUUAGUUUAUUUGCAUCCUAUCGCAGAGAGAAGGCGAAAGUAAAGAAGCACCUAGGAACCGGAAAAGGUAUGUUUAUCCCUUAAUUAAAUACUUAGUACCUACGGUAAAAUCUUAAUCAGAUUUUUUAAACUUGGCUAUUAUCUUUUUUUUUUUUAAAUUUACUACGUUAUUAAUUCGAAAUUAUUCACAUUGACAAUACUAUAGAUAAUAGACAAUUGGGUAAUAAUAUACCCUUAAAAAUUAAAUUAGUUUGUGGAGUAGACAGUAUACUGUGUUUUGUUACCAUUUUUAUACCAUUUAUUUUUAUUUUUUGCAGGCAGUCAAGAAAUAUAUCAAAGCACAUGGUUUGCCUAUGAAGCACUGGCAUUUUUUGGAGACAGGGACAAUCCAAGAAAAAGACUUAAUUCUAUGGCAGAAGACAUCGACGUCGUAAGUAACAGUGUUUCUAGAAAUGAUGAAAAUGAUAGUGUGAAGGAAUCAGACAUGCCAAGAGAGUCCAUUUCACAUUCGCAACCACCAAAAAAGAAGAGAAGUUACACGGAACCUAGAGAAAACAACAAAAAAAUUGAAAUGCUAGCUGAAGCCCUCGACAUACUAAAGACAACGACCACUCAGACUCAACCUGCAUCAAAUGUUUCAUUAGAUAACGAAAAUCUUCACUUUAUUAAUUUCAUUGGCAGCAAAAUGAUGAGGUAUCCACCAAAUGUUCGGAAUGCUGUAGAGCGUGCUAUAACAGAUGUAUUAUUUAAAGCUGAUGAAGGAUACUAUAAUUUUUAUCCUAAACAGUACGCACAGCAGUUACAGCAAUGGCCUAGCAACAAUACGACAUGCACUACCUCUCAAACGCCCGCACCUCCCGUACGUGUGGAGGUACCCGCUAUUUCCCCAUAUGGAACGUUUUCUGAGCCAUCUCCCGCCUAUUCACAACUAUCUCAAGAAUCUUUCGACAUUCAAGAUUUGGUGUAAAAUUAACAAACAUAUGUUUCUUAUACUAACAUUACUAUCUAAAUUUAAAACUAAAU